CGGGCCAUAUAAGGCGGCGGCGGCGGGUGCGGGCAGCAGCUGCCGAGCGGAGCGGGCCCCGCAGCCCAGAACAGCCCAGAACAGCCCGGCCCCGCAGCCAAAAACCAGCGCAGCGCUCCCCACCCUCAUCCUGGCCCCGCACAGCAGCACCGCCGCCUCUGGGACCGACAUCUAAACCCGCUGCAAAAAAAAAACCCACAGAAAUGGAAACCAUGCACGAGCUGAUCCCCUUCGCCAAGGAAAUGCUGAGCCAGAAGCCCAACAGGAAGAUGGUCAAGCUGUACAUGCUGGGCAGCGUGCUGGCCUUCUUCGGGGUGGUCAUCGGGCUGGUGGAGACGGUGUGCAGCCCCUUCAGCUCCGAGGGCAGGCUAGAGGAGGAGGAGGAGGAAGAGAAGAAGAAACCUGCCGCGACGCGAGGGCAAAGGCUCCCCCAGAAACAGGAGGAUUUGCUCCUGGACAAGGGCAAGACGCCGGGGGCGGUGCAGAGAGCCCUGGUGACCAGACUGCACGCGUCGUAGGGACCCGCCGAGCUGCCUGCUGAGCAACCGAGCACAGAGACUCUGCUGCCCCGGCCUCCCUGGUGGUGGUUCCAGCACGAAGAGAGAGAGAGAGAAGGCUUGGCUGAAGGAGACUUGAGAGAAGAGAAGGGUUUUAUUUGCUGCUGUGCAGCAGUGGGGGAAAAAAUACCUUUUGUUGGUAUAAACCUGUGCCAAGACGCACAGCAUGGUUUCUUAUUUUUAUUACAGAUGCAUUUUACACCAUUUUGCAAGAUCAAUAAAUAUUUUAUAUGGUA